AUGAGCUUCUUUAGGCAAGUCAGACUUCUACUCUGGAAGAACUGGAUCCUCCGGAAAAGACAAAAGCUUCGUUUUCUGGUGGAGCUUGUAUGGCCUCUGUCAUUAUUUCUUGCCCUUGUCUGGCUGAGGAAAGCUAAUCCACUGUAUCGCCAACAUGAAUGUCACUUCCCAAACAAGGCAAUGCCAUCUGCGGGAACACUGCCAUGGUUACAUGGCAUCUUCUGUAACAUGAACAACCCCUGUUUCCGCAGCCCAACCCAUGGAGAGGGUCCAGGUGUUGUGUCUAACUACAACAAUUCCAUCCUUGCAAGGGUAUAUAAAGAUGCUCAGGAGCUCUUACUGGAAGCCCCUGAAAUCCGUGACCUUGGCAGAAUCUGGGAAGAACUGAUCAUUAUGACUCAGUUUAUGGAAACAAUGAGAACUAAUCCUGAAAGAAUUGCAGGAAGAGGAAUACGAAUUCUAGACAUUUUGAAAGAUGGGGAGACUCUCACUUCCUUCUUGCUGGAAGAUGUUGGCCUCCCAGAUAUUGUUGUUUUCCAGCUUAUUAAUGCUCAAGUGCGCCCUGAACAGUUUGCCUAUGGUGUUCCUAGCUUGACUCUGAAGGACAUUGCUUGCAGUCACAUGCUCCUGGACCGCUUUAUUAUCUUCAGCAGCCGAAGAGGUCUCCCUUCUGUGCACAAGGCCAUGUGUGCCUUGUCCCAGGAAAGCCUGCAGAGAGUAGAAGAUGCCUUGUAUGCAAAUGUUGAUUUCUUUAAGCUAUUUCAGCUGCUUCCCACUUUGUUGGACAGAAACUCACCAGGUGCUGACCUGAAGGCCUGGGGGAGGGUGCUGUCUAAUGUCUCCCAGGCAGUGCAAAAGCUAGCCAGGAAGCCAAGUGUUCAGGACCUUCUGAUGGUUCUACAACCAUUUGUGCAAGACGGAAGGCCAGAAUCCUUAGGCCACUUGGUGAGCUCCCUGUCUGAUCUUUUCUGUGGCUACCCAGAAGGAGGUGGAUCCAGAGUGCUUUCCUUCAACUGGUAUGAAGAUAAUAACUACAAAGCUUUCCUGGGGAUUGACUCGACAAAGAAGAAAUCUAGUUAUCUUUAUGAUAAUACAACCACACCCUUUUGUAAUGCAUUGAUCCAGAGCUUGGAAUCAAACCCUUUAACCAAAAUAGCCUGGAGUGCUGUGAAGCCCCUGCUGAUGGGAAAAAUUCUCUUUGCUCCUGAUUCACCUUCUGUACGGCAAAUCCUAAAAAAUGCAAACUCCACUUUUGAGGAACUUGAACGCCUCAAACUGUUGACCAAAGCUUGGGAAGAAGUAGGACCUCAGAUGUGGUACUUCUUUCAAAACAGCCUGCAAAUGAAUAUGAUCCGUGACUCUCUGAAGCACCCUACAGUCAGGGACUUCAUGAACAGACAACUGGGUGCUGAAGGCUUAACUGCUGAACACAUAAUCAAUUUUCUCCACAAUGGGUCUCCAGGGAGCCGGGAGAAGGGAAUGGCAGACUUUGACUGGCGGAACAUCUUCAGUGCUGCAGACCAAGCUCUGCGUUUGCUCAGUCAGUAUCUGGAGUGCUUGACCUUGGAUAAAUUUGAAGGUUAUCUUGACGAAACUCAACUGACUCAUCAAGCCCUUCAUCUGCUGGAGGAAAACAAAUUCUGGGCUGGUGUGGUUUUUCCAGACAUAGAGGCUACAACCAGCAGUCUUCCACCGCUUGUGAAAUACAAGAUCCGGAUGGACAUAGAUGCAGUAGAGAAAACAAACAAAAUCAAAGACAGGUACUGGGAUCCUGGUCCAAGAGCUGAUCCUGUGGAUGAUUUACGUUAUAUCUGGGGAGGCUUUGCAUAUCUCCAAGAUAUGAUUGAGCAUGGGAUUAUAAAGACCCAGACCAACGUUGAAGUUCCAUUAGGAAUUUAUCUGCAGCAAAUGCCAUAUCCGUGUUUUGUGGAUGAUGUUUUCAUGAUUACUUUAAACCGCACCUUUCCCAUCUUCAUGGUGCUAGCUUGGAUAUAUUCAGUUUCCAUGACUGUGAAGAGCAUAGUGCUGGAGAAGGAAAUGCGUCUGAAAGAGGCUAUGAAGAACAGGGGUAUAACCAACGGGGUGAUUUGGUGCACUUGGUUCCUGGACAGCUUCAUCAUGAUGGCUGUGAGCACGUUCCUCCUUACAGCCCUGAUUAUGUGCGGACAAGUAUUACAUUAUAGCAGUCCACUUCUCUUCUUUCUAUUCCUACUGACAUUCACCACAGCCACCAUAAUGCAGUGUUUCUUGUUCAGCACCUUCUUCUCCAAAGCAAAUGUGGCAGCUGCCUGCAGUGGAGUCAUCUACUUCACCUUGUACCUGCCCCACAUUAUCUGCUUCAUCUGGCAAGACCGCAUGACUGUUAAUCUGAAGAUCCUAGCAAGUUUGCUUUCUCAAGUAGCUUUUGGUUUCGGUACAGAAUACUUGUCACGCUAUGAAGAGCAAGGUCUUGGCCUGCAGUGGGGUAACAUCAGAACUAGUCCUUUGGAAGGAGAUGAAUAUAGUUUUCUUUUUUCCAUUAAAAUGAUGCUUUUUGACGCUUUUCUCUAUGGAAUACUUUCUUGGUAUCUUGACAAUGUUUUGCCAGGGGACUAUGGGCUACCACAGCCUUGGUAUUUUCCUGUGCAGGAAUCUUACUGGCUUGAGUCAGAAGGCUGUGUGGAUCAGAAGGUCACGGAAGGGGAAAAAAAUGAAAGCAGAACAAAGAAAUCUGAAGAACCUGAAAAGCCAGAAAAGAUAAAUACCUUCUUUGAGCCUGAGCCAACAGGAUUGAUUCCAGGAGUAUGCAUUCAGAACCUGGUGAAGAUUUUUGCAAACAGGCCCAAACCAGCAGUAGAUGGGAUGAAUAUUACUUUUUAUGAGGGACAGAUCACAGCCUUCCUGGGGCACAAUGGAGCAGGAAAGACCACCACCAUGUCGAUACUGACAGGUGUGUUCCCACCCACCUCUGGAACUGUGCUGAUUGGCGGCCUGGACAUUCAGACUCACAUGGACUCCAUUCGGCACAGAUUAGGCAUGUGCCCUCAGUACAACAUCUUAUUCAACCACCUUACUGUAGCAGAGCACAUCUUGUUUUAUUCUCAACUGAAAGGGAGAUCCAGGGAUGAAGCUGAGCAAGAGUUGGAAACCAUGCUAGAAGACAUGGGCCUCACCCAUAAAAGGAGUGAAGAGGCUCAGAAUUUAUCAGGUGGAAUGCAAAGGAAAUUGUCUGUUGCCAUUGCUUUUGUGGGUGAAGCAAAAGUGGUAGUCUUGGAUGAGCCCACUUCUGGAGUUGAUCCAUAUUCCAGGCGAUCUAUCUGGGAUCUUCUGCUGAAGUAUCGCUCAGGCAGAACCAUCAUCCUCUCAACCCAUCACAUGGAUGAGGCAGACAUCCUUGGAGACAGAGUAGCCAUCAUAUCCCAAGGGAAACUCUUCUGCUCAGGCUCUCCUGUAUUCCUAAAGAACUGCUUUGGGUCUGGCUUCUAUCUCACUCUUGUUCGCAAGAUGAAAAACACCAGAACUGGAAGGACUACAUCGCUUUGUAGCUGUGGAUCUCAGUGCUCCUGCUCCUGCUCCAGCUGUGCACGCAGGGACAAAGAAGGAGCUCCAGAGCAGGAACUGGAUGGGGAUCUGAAUGAGCUAGCAGAAGUAAUUCAUCAUCAUAUCCCAGAAGCAAAAUUAAUUGAAAGCAUUGGUCAGGAACUGAUUUACCUUUUGCCCAAUAAACACUUUAAACAGCGAUCUUAUGCCAGUCUCUUCAGAGAACUGGAGGAAACAUUGGAUGACCUGGGACUCAGCAGUUUCGGAGUUUCAGACACACCACUUGAAGAGGUUUUCCUGAAGGUCACAGAAGCAGCUGACCCUGGAAUGCAAAAAGCAGGAGACACUCAAGAAAAUGGUUCUACUCUUGGCAAAAGUUCUGCUGAGAACAAACCAGCUGAUCAAACCACACUGAAAAAUAAUGACAUUUCUCGAAUGCCAGUAGGUGUAGCAGGAGAUCAAAAUGAAGGCAAAGGGUCCCGACAGUAUAAGGGUUUUCAGCUUGUACAUCAGCAGAUCAAAGCACUGCUCAUCAAACGGUUCCACCAUGCCUCCCGCAGCCACCAAACAACAUUCUCAACUGUGAUGUUUCCAUGUUCCCUGCAGAUUGUUCUCCCUGCUAGUUUUGUGUUGCUGUCUUUAAUACUUACAGUCAUUAUUCCUCCAUUUGGAGAAUAUCCCGCCUUAACCUUACACCCUUGGAUCUAUGGACAACAGUUUACUUUCUUCAGCAAUGAGCGUCCUGGUAGUGAGCAGAUGGUGUCCCUCACUGAUGCUUUCUUGAAUAAACCAGGAUUUGGAAAUCGCUGCAUGAAGAAUCAGCCUCUUCCGAACUACCCAUGCAAUAAUAUGGCAACUGCCUGGAACACACCUGCUGUUCAUCCUAACCUAAGCAGCCUCCUGCUGAGUCAAAAGUGGAGCCCUGAGAAUCCUUCACCUUCCUGCAAGUGCAGCACUCACAAGAAACUCACUAUGCUGCCAGAAUGCCCUGUAGGCGCAGGAGGCCUCCCACCACCACAGAGAGUGCAACACAGCACAGAAAUUCUUCAAGAUCUGACCCACAGAAAUAUUUCAGAUUUUCUGGUGAAAACAUAUCCCACUUUGAUAAAAAGGAGCUUGAAGAGCAAAUACUGGGUCAAUGAGCAAAGAUAUGGAGGAAUUUCUAUAGGAGGAAGGCUCCCAGUCCUUCAUGUUUCUGGAGAUCAAGUUGUCAGUCUUUUAAGUGAUCUUGGCCGAAUGAUGAAUGUGACAGGACCUUUUCUUUUUUUUUUUUUUUUUUUUCUUAAAUACAUGGAAACUGAAGAUAACAUUAAGGUGUGGUUCAACAAUAAAGGCUGGCAUGCUAUGGUUAGUUUCCUUAAUGUAGCCAAUAACGCAAUCCUUAGAGCUAACCUGCGGACUGGCCAAGCCCCUGAGGAAUACGGGAUCACUGCUGUAAACCAUCCUCUGAACCUCACUAAGGAGCAACUCUCUGAAGUCACUGUGCUGACCACUUCAGUGGAUGCUGUUGUUGCCAUCUGUGUGAUUUUUGCCAUGUCCUUUAUACCAGCUAGUUUUGUUUUAUACCUGAUUCAAGAACGUGUAACAAAAGCCGAACAUCUACAGUUUGUCAGUGGUGUGAGCCCUGCAAUCUACUGGCUAACUAACUUCAUGUGGGACAUAGUGAAUUAUGCACUGAGUGCUGGAAUGGUUGUGCUUAUAUUCGCUGGAUUCAACAAGAAAGCAUACACUUCUCCGACUAAUCUCCCUGUUCUUGUUGCCUUGCUGCUUCUGUAUGGAUGGGCAGUAAUUCCCAUGAUGUACCCUGCUGCUUCUUUCUUCAGUGUCCCUAGCACUGCUUAUGUUGCAUUGUCUUGUGUUAAUCUCUUUGUGGGCAUCAAUAGCAGUGCCAUUACAUUCAUUCUGGAGUUAUUUGAAAAUAACCCGUCUUUGCUGAAGUUUAAUAAAACAUUGAAAAAUGUGCUGAUUAUCUUCCCGCAUUUUUGCCUGGGCCGUGGACUCAUUGACUUGGCCGUGAACCAAGCUGUGACUGAAGUAUACGCUAGGUUUGGUGAGGAGCAUGUUUCCAAUCCUUUUCAGUGGGACUUUGUUGGAAAGAACCUGGUUGCCAUGGGUGUUCAAGGGGUUGCAUUCUUCAUUCUGAAUCUCCUUAUGCAGCACCGUUUGUUCUCCACAAGAUGGUUUUCUGAGACUGAUAUGUCACCUAUUAUUGGUGAAGAUGAGGAUGUUGCAGAAGAAAGAAAAAGGAUUAUGAAUGGAGGGAACAAAACAGAUAUCUUAGAAUUACAAGAACUGACCAAGAUUUAUGCAGGCAGGCACAAGCCUGCAGUGGACAGACUCUGUGUUGGCAUCCGUCCUGGUGAGUGCUUUGGUCUUUUGGGAGUGAAUGGUGCUGGCAAAACAACAACGUUCAAAAUGCUGACUGGAGAUACUGAUGUGACAUCUGGAGAUGCUGUAGUGGCUGGCAGUAGUAUAUUGACCCACAUUUCUAACGUCCAUCAAAACAUGGGAUACUGCCCUCAGUUUGAUGCCAUUGAUGACCUGCUCACAGGACGAGAACAUCUCUACUUAUAUGCACGCCUGCGGGGAGUUCCAGAAGAGGAAAUAGAGAGGGUUGCUGAGUGGGGCAUCCAGAAGCUGGGACUUCCUAUGUAUGCAGACCACCUGGCUGGUACCUACAGUGGUGGCAACAAGCGCAAGCUCUCCACUGCCAUUGCACUGAUAGGCUGCCCACCACUCGUCUUGCUAGAUGAACCGACUACUGGAAUGGACCCUCAGUCCCGGCGGCUCCUCUGGGACUCUAUUGUCAGCGUGCUCAGAGAUAGGCGAGCUGUUGUUCUAACCUCACACAGUAUGGAAGAAUGUGAAGCCCUCUGUACUCGUUUAGCCAUCAUGGUAAAAGGUACCUUCAAAUGUCUGGGCACAAUUCAGCAGCUAAAAUACAAGUUUGGAGAUGGCUACAUUGUCACUCUGAAAAUCAAAGCUCCAAAGUGUGGCAUGCCUCCAGAUCCUACUCCUGCCGAGCAAUUCAUACACGUGAACUUCCCAGGGAGUUUACAGAGAGAGAAACACUACAACAUGCUGCAGUAUCAGAUUUGCUCCUCCUCUCUGGCUAAGAUUUUUCGGUUAAUAAUCUCCAAUAAGGAAAACUUGCAUAUUGAAGAAUAUUCUGUGUCUCAAACAACCUUAGAUCAGGUUUUUGUGAACUUUGCUAAACAGCAGAUGGAGGAUGACGAAAUUGCUUUGCAUCCCCGUGCAGCUGGAGCCAGCCGAGAAGCAAAGGUGUCCCCUGCGUUGCAUCAGCAGGCAGUUGCAUAGACUAUUCCUA